AUUCGUUUGGUGGUAUUCUUUGCUGGCAAUACUGUACAAACACUUCCAUUCGCGUGCGCCAUUUUGAUAUAUCCGUGUAUUUCGGCGUAAUGCAUUUGACUGAAAAUUUAAAUAAAAUACACUAAUUUAAAGCAAAAGAAGGUGUUAAAAACGUUAAUUAAAGGUGCAGCAAUAAGAAAAGUGUAUAAAUUUGAAUAAAACGAUGUGAAUUUGAGUGAAAAGUGCGUUUGAAAAAACGGACUAGCAGAAAGUGAAAAAUUUUCAGACGACUACAUAAAAAUUUGUUCGUGCCCCGAAAGCGAAGCGGAGCGUUUCUUCGGUCUCGUGUAUUUAACGCACAUAAAGGAAAAAAGAAAAUCGAAAAUUGCCAACUUUCCCCGUGAAAAACUUUGAAAAUGUAUAAUAAUCGAGUGGCGGUAUAAAUGCAGAUAAUUGAUAAACUUUUAGAAUCGACUGGGAUAGGUGUAAGUUGGCGUAAUAAAGGUGUGUAUAUGAGUUGAUUGAAAAACUGUGAAACUGUUUAUGUGAAAGUGAUAACCACAAAUGGGAAUGAAUUGUUUUGCAAUAGUAUUGAUCAAUUCAUACUUCCAUAGUCUAAAGGUGCAAAUAAAAACAGGUACGGCAAGAAACAAGGUUCGCUUGGCAUAGAAAAUUGCAUACAUUUGCUGGAUGAUCUGAAUGAAUCGUCUGCGCAAACAGAAAUAGCCGAACAGCCUCCGGGUGGAGUCCUCGCCACAAUUUUGAUAUCGCCUGAGGCAUAAAACUGGGAAGCGGGGUCGUCACUACCCUCUUUCCCAAAUUAAUUGCAAAAUUAAGGAGAGAAUAUAAAGAAUUUGGUGUCGACAUUGCACACUAAUAAAAGUCAUCCACGAAUGAAUAGUUAAAGGAAUUGAGAAAAGUGGAAAAGGAGCAGACGUAAAAAUACAACCAAGAAAUAAGAAAUCAAAUGCAAAGAAUAAGCAAAAGCAGAAACUCGUUUUGUUUUCUUUUUUAGUACAACGUUCGUAGUACCAUCGUUCAGCAGAAGUGAAGAUUGUCGUCGGCGGUGGCCAUCGUUGCUGCAUAGUAAUUGUUGUUGCCAUCGUCACUGUGUACAUAUUUAUGUCUCUCUCACACCUAUUGGAGUGUAAUGGUAAAAAAAGCCGCAUGCGAGUGGGAUACAUAGAAAGCGGGUAGGGAACAACGAAAAACAAAACAAAGCACAAUAUAGCAGAACAGUAGCAGCAUAUUAAAGUCAUAAACGACGACAAAUAAUAGGAAAAGGCAGAUCGUGAAAAGUAAUGCAAAGCAAAGCCGUUGUCUUAUUCGAAAUGUUUAUGUAGUGAAUUGGUGAGAAUUGCUGGUGAAAAGUCGUGAGUGUAUCGUGCACACAAACGAGCGGAUAGGUGGCAAAGAAGAAAGGAAAAGCCGUAUACAGAUUGUUGGUGAUUAUUCGGACAGUUUUUGUUACAAGUCUUUUUCAGCACAAACAACGUAGAGCGACAUUGCAUAGCGAACUCUGUACACGUUUGAAUAUUUUACUUGGUUAAAGCAGCUUUGACAGUGCUGUCUACCUCAUUACCUCGGCAUGUGUAUUUGUAUGUGCGCGCCGUUGCAGUGAUGAUUUAAAUGCAUAAUUCUGCAGCGCAGUUGCAGCGGCCGUUGAAGGAAACUACAAGCCUCUUACAACAGCAACUGCAAACAAAAUAUUCCUCUUGGAUUGAGUCAAAGAAGUAAUGAAUGAGAAAAUAAAAUCACCCUCUGGGCAGGGUGGUGCAGCUGGAGGUGGAGGUGCUGGGCCGCCGAGUGGAUCUGGUGGGCCUGUUGGAUCUGGCGGACAAAGCAGCGGCGGUAAUGGUGGUCCUGGUGCCAGUGUUCCGGGUGGUCCAGCCCCGCCCAACUCAGCGAUAGGCGGUGGACCGCCCACUGGUGGUCCCCCCGCACCAAAUAAUGGCAGUGAUCAACAGCAACAAACAGUUCCACAUGCAUAUGGGCCGCCAGGUAGUGAUCCAGCAGCGGCUAUAUCGCACUAUCAUCUACAUCAACAACCGCAUCCACAACAACAUCUGCCGCAUCAGCAGGGUGGCCCUGGUGGCCCAGGCGUCCCCCAAAAUCCCGGUGAACAUUCUCAAAAAGAUGAAUAUGGACAAAGUCCGUUGGGAGGACCUCCACCCCCACCUCCGGGUGGACAUCAUCCCGUUUAUGGACGUUAUCAUCAUCCAGAUCCAAAUAUAGAUCCUUAUCGCUAUGGACAUUCUCCAAUGCAACAACCACCACCUGGUGGUAAACCACAACAGCAGCCAGGUCCGCCGACAGGACCUGGUGGCGGUAUUGCUUCGCCCAGUCGGCCACCGCAACAGCGAUAUAUUCCAGGCCAGCCACCACAAGGUCCUACGCCCACACUGAAUUCAUUGCUACAGUCGUCGCAUCCACCGCCUCCACCACAACAUCGUUACGCGAAUAGUUAUGAUCCGCAACAGCAGCAGCAGCAACAAGUUGCACAACAGCAACAACAGGGCGGACCUCAGGGUCCACACGGACCACCACCGCCUCCACAUCAACCAUAUGGAGCGCAACAGGGAUGGGCACCACCACCACGUCCAUACAGUCCACAAUUGGGACCGUCGCAGGCCUACCGAACGCCACCACCGACAAAUACUUCCAGAGGCCAAUCACCUUAUCCGCCAGCACAUGGUCAAAAUUCAGGUUCCUAUCCAAGUUCACCCCAACAACAGCCGGGCGGUCCACCACCGCCCCCACCGCAAUCAUCAAAUCAGGGUACGGCUGCUGCACAAUACUCACCGUAUCCACAGCGGUAUCCCACACCUCCUGGGCCAGCGACAGGCCCGAAUCAUCGAACUGCCUACUCACAACAUCAGUAUCCUGAACCGAAUCGACCUUGGCCCGGUGGUACAUCGCCGGCACCUAGUCCCGGGCCUGGUGGCCAUCCGCAUCCCCCAGCAUCACCGCAUCAAUCACAGCAUGGCGGUCCACCGCCCAGCAGUAGUCCUGGACAUGCACCGAGUCCUUCGCCACAGCCAUCGCAGGCGUCACCAUCACCACAUCAGGAAUUGAUCGGUCAGAAUAGCAACGAUAGUUCGAGUGGUGGCGCACACAGUGGCAUGGGCUCGGGACCUCCGGGCACGCCCAAUUCUCAGCAGGUAAUGCGUCCCACACCUUCACCUACAGGCUCAUCUGGUUCGCGUUCCAUGUCACCGGCAGUGGCACAAAAUCAUCCCAUUUCACGUCCCUCAAGUAAUCAGUCGAGUAGUGGUGGUCCUAUGCAGCAACCUGGUUCGUCUGGACCACCACCACUGCCCCAUAUGCAAGCGACGCAAGGUGGCGGCGGUCCACAGCAACAGCAACUGCAGCAGCAACAACAAAUGCCGACACAACCGCAAUCUCAACAGCAGUCGAUCGGUGGUCCGGUUGGUGUGCACAGUUCCCCAGCCGGUGUAGGUGGCUCGCAGCAGCAGGUUGGAGGUCUGCCACCUGGUGGGCCAGGUGUACCCACCGGCCCACAACAACAGCAGCAACAACCACCGCCACCGAAUCAAGGCUUGAACAGUAUGCAAACACAACCUCCUCAAGGAUCGGGUGGUGGCACGGGCGGCUAUCCACCUCCGCCUCAUAUGCACGGUGUCUACAAGAUGGGCGGGCCGGGACAAAGUCCUGGUCCAGGACCACAAGGAUUGCCGACCGGCUACCCGCCACCACAGCAGUCGCAGCAAUAUUCCCAAGGAACCUACCCGCCACGUCCGCAGUAUACGCCCAGCGGUUAUGCGCCCACACCGCCUCCUUCGAAUCAACCAACAUCCGCGAACAGUAUGCCACCGGGUGGAGGUCCUCAAUAUCCUGGGAGACCAAUGCCAAAUCACACUGGUGCUGGUGGUCCACACGCACAGUAUCCACCCUAUCAGAACUGGGUGCCACCAUCACCACAAGGCGGGCCGGGUGGAGGUGGGGCACCAGUUGGUGCCGGCGCAGCGGGCAUGGGCAAUCAUGUACAGGGCAAAGGUACACCACCACCGGGUGGGCCACCACAACCACCCGGCGGUGGCUCGCCGCGUCCACUCAACUAUCUGAAGCAGCAUUUACAACAUAAAGGCGGCUAUGGUAGCGGUCCUGCGCCGCAACAGGGCUACGGCAAUGGACCUGGCAUGCAUCCGGGAAUGCCAAUGGGGCCGCCACAUCACAUGGGUCCACCGCACGGGCCCACCAGCAUGGGGCCACCGACCAGCACACCGCCUCAAACAAUGGGCGGUGUUGUGGGACCAGGUGGUGUUGGCCCCGGCGGUAGUAUGGUUGGGGUGAGCGGCAGUGUAGGUAGCGGUGUGAUAUUGUCUGGCGAUGGCGAACACAUCUCACAGGACAAUGGCAUUAGUUCGUCGGGUUCGUCGACAGCAUCGGGACCACAUCCGGUCACUUCGUUGGUGACGACCGGACCAGAUGGCACGCCCAUUGACGAAGUUAGCCAACAAAGUACGCUAUCCAAUGCAUCAGCAGCUUCUGGUGAAGACCCACAAUGCACAACACCAAAAUCACGUAAAAAUGAUCCAUACAGCCAAAGCCAUUUAGCGCCACCCAGCACAUCGCCGGUCGGUCAUCCCGGACAUCCGAGUGGACCUGGUGAGGAGUACGAAAUGAAUUCACCACCAAAUUGGACGCGAACACCAGCUAGUCCGCAAGUUUUCAAUAGCCAUGUGCCGCCACAAGAGACUUUUCGUACAUCGUCUACGAAAAAAUCGGAUAGCCUCUGUAAACUGUACGAAAUGGAUGAUAAUCCGGAAAGACGCAGUUGGCUGGAUAAGCUGCGCGCCUUCAUGGAGGAGCGCCGAACACCGAUAACCGCCUGUCCAACAAUAUCGAAGCAACCGCUCGAUUUGUAUAGGUUAUAUAUUUAUGUAAAAGAACGUGGAGGAUUCGUCGAGGUAUGCAAGGUUACAAAAAGUAAAACCUGGAAGGACAUCGCCGGCUUGUUGGGCAUAGGCGCCAGCAGCAGCGCCGCUUAUACUCUACGCAAACACUACACAAAGAAUUUAUUGACAUUUGAAUGUCAUUUCGACCGCGGUGAUAUCGAUCCCUUGCCCAUCAUUCAACAAGUGGAAGCCGGCACAAAGAAAAAAUCGGCCAAAGCCGCUUCGGUACCAUCGCCAGCAGGUUCCUCGAAUUCUCAAGAUUCAUUCCCCGCUCCGGGAGCAGCCGCGAAUGCAUCGAUUGACGGCUAUCCAGGCUAUCCGGGCGGCUAUCCCGGCACGACUGGCCCACAACCCGACUACGGUGCUGGCGGUGGCCAAAUGCAACGGCCACCCUCACAAACCAACGCACAAACUCCACAUGCAGGCAAUACUCAAACAGCAGCAGCUGGUGAUAAUAUUAGUGUGAGCAAUCCUUUUGACGAUCCGGUUGUGGGUGGCGGUGGUAGUGGCAAUAGUAGCGUCAGCAACGCACCACCGCCACCACGUGCCUCCCCUUAUCAACAGGGCGCUGGCAAUUCAUACACGCCGGUGUCUAGAACGCCAGGUUCUCCAUAUCCAGGACAACCGGGUGCCUACGGUCAAUAUGGUUCAAGCGAUCAAUACAAUGCAACUGGGCCGCCCGGCCAAUUUGGCCAAAGUCAGGGACCUCAAUUUCCGCCACAGAAUCGAAAUAUGUACCCUCCUUAUGGGCCAGAGGGGGAAGCUCCUCCACCUGGUGCAAAUCAAUAUGGCCCUUAUGGUAAUCGUUCGUACAGUCAACCGCCACCAGGUAGCUCUCAAACACCCACACCGCCUGGUUCGGCUGUAGCUGGCACAGCUGGCCCACCUACUGGUGGUCCGGCAGCUCCAGGCGGCGGCUAUCCGCCCGGUGCUCCAACACAACAGGAUUAUUACAGACCGCCUGAUCAGACUCCUCAACCAAGACGGCAUCCAGAUUUUGUGAAAGACUCUCAACCCUAUCCAGCGUAUAAUACUAGGCCACAAAUGUAUGGUGGUUGGAGUAGUUCUAAUCAGUUCCGUGGGCAGUAUCCUUCUGCACCAACCCCACAAGCUUGGGGCAGCGCACCGCCACGAACAGCCGCACCACCAGGCAGUGGUCCACUUGGACCACCCAAUCAGCAAGCAUCGGCCGCCGUGCAAUGGGAACAGCAUCGCUAUGCGCCCCAACAGCCUCCACCGCCACCGCAACAGCAGCCACCAUACCAACAGCAAAGUCAACAACAGCAGCCACCACCGCCGCCACAGUGGGCGCAAAUGGCUGGCGCUGUUCAACCUCCACCACAGCCGGGUACACCUGGCUCAGCGUUACGGCCGACAGGCGGUAGUCAACAGCAAACGCCACAGCAACGCCCCGGUAUGCCUCCGCCACCCGCCCAGCAACAACCCGUUGGCCCGACGUCCAAUCAAACCAUGACAAAACCACCAUUUGUGAUGCCAGCGCCACCACAAGUCAGUAGUGCAGGUACGCCUGCAUGCGGCCCGCCGCCAUCUGUAGCGCCACCUAGCACGGUCAGUGCAUUGCCGCCUGUCAUGGGCGCACCAGUGACCGGUGCACCUAAGCCACCCGUUUCUGUAGUGAGCGCUGUACCACAAUUGGGCUCACCUGGCAUGCCGCAGGUUCCAACGCAACAGCAGCCACCACAACCACAACCGCAACAAUCAUUUCCAACUCCUCCAGGCGCGCAGCUGGUUAAAAAGGAAAUAGUUUUCCCGUCGGACAGCGUUGAAGCCACUACACCAGUGCUGUAUAGGCGCAAGCGACUGACAAAGGCCGACGUUUGCCCUGUGGAUCCAUGGCGCAUAUUUAUGGCAAUGCGCUCGGGGCUAUUGACUGAGUGCACCUGGGCGUUAGACGUGCUAAACGUGUUGCUUUUCGACGACACAACGGUGCAGUACUUUGGACUGGCACAUUUGCCGGGCCUUUUGACGUUACUUUUGGAGCACUUCCAAAAGAAUCUCGCCGAAAUGUUCCACGAUUGUGACAUGGAUGUUGACCAGCGCAGUGGUGGUCGGAGUAUGCGCUCCGUGCAAAACUACAACCGCAAACGACACUAUCUGGGAGUUAGUGACACCGCCGAGUACAACAACGAUUACGACAAAUUCAAGACCUCGAAAAUGCCACUAGCCGAGGAUGAUGACGAAGAUGAAGGAAUCGACUUGGGUCAGAUCCGCGUGCCACCCAACCCUGAGGAGCGGAUCACACUGCUCAGCCACACGCCCAACUAUACGAUGAUGUCACGCAAGGGCUUGCCGGUUCGUUUGCAGUCAGCAGAGGAUGAUAUUUUCAUAACGAACAGACAGAAGGAGUGGGAUUCGGAAGUGGAGCCCAUAUAUGAGCAGGCAACGGGGACUGAAACUACAGCAUGGAGUUGGACGUAUGGUUUUGCGGACCGAAACGCGCAGGACGGCAUAAUCGACGUUUUCAAAUCGGAGAUCAUAAACAUUCCAUUUGCGCGUUACAUACGCGGCAGCAGCGAAAAAAGUCGUAAUAGGGCGGAAGCAACAAAGCCGUCGGCGAAAAGUAGCGCUGUUAGUGCAGAAGAUGGGAAAGGCGUUGUAGACUGCGAAACAAGCAACAAGAUUCUGACAAAUGAGCCGACGGAAGACGGCUGUACUGAGGAUAGUAAACUUCAGCAUACGUUUAACAAAAAGCGGCGAUUAUUUAAUAAUAGUAACAGUAAUAGUUCCAGCAGCAAGCAUAGCGUAGGCGGCUGUGAAGCGAGUGGUGCCAAAAAGUCAAAAUUGCAGGACGACGAGGCAGCAUUUGCGCAACCGGGUCUUAAAAAGGAACUUGCAGACGCUUUGUCUGCAGAGAAUGCUUCAGUCGCCACCGAUAGCGACUGCCGUGAGGUGGAUAUGGAAAUCGAGCUGCUACCCCAACAACGUCUAGCCAAUGGCGGUAGUGGUAGUAUACUGAAAAACUUCGACCCAAUGUCGACGGUGCGCGAUGCAGCUCACGUGUUGCAGCGACGCCGCGGCUCCACCGUCGAGGAAGAGUGUUAUACACGCGACGAAGCCAGUCUGUACCUAGUUAGUGAGUGUCAAGAUGCGCUAGCGCGUCGAUGUAUCUGCCUAUCGAACAUAUUUCGCAACUUGACGUUCGUGCCGGGCAACGAAACGCUGCUAGCCAAGUCGCGCCGGUUUCUCGCCAUACUUGGUCGCCUGCUAUUGCUCAACCACGAACACUUGCAGCGCACACCCAAAACGCGUAAUUACGAUCGCGAGGAGGACACUGAUUUCUCGGACUCAUGCAGCUCACUGCAGGGAGAGCGCGAAUGGUGGUGGGACUACCUGGUUCAUAUACGAGAAAAUAUGCUCGUCGCUUUGGCGAACAUUGCUGGUCAUCUGGAAUUGUCACGCUACGAUGAGCUUAUCGCACGGCCACUCAUCGACGGUCUCCUACAUUGGGCUGUUUGUCCAAGCGCACAUGGCCAAGAUCCCUUUCCGUCUUGUGGUCCCAACUCUUCGCUUUCGCCACAGCGGCUAGCGUUGGAGGCUCUCUGCAAACUGUGCGUGACAGAUGCUAAUGUCGAUCUCGUUAUAGCGACACCACCGCAUUCGCGGCUCGAAAAGCUGUGCGCGGUUUUAACGCGCCAUCUGUGUCGCAACGAAGAUCAGGUGUUACGCGAGUUCUCCGUCAACCUGUUGCAUUACUUAGCCGCAGCGGAUAGUGCCAUGGCACGCACCGUGGCACUCCAAUCGCCCUGCAUCUCCUACUUGGUGGCUUUCAUUGAACAGGCCGAACAAACGGCUUUGGGUGUAGCCAACCAGCACGGAAUCAAUUAUCUGCGCGAAAAUCCGGAUUCAAUGGGCACAAGUUUGGACAUGUUGCGGCGCGCUGCCGGCACGCUAUUACACCUGGCCAAGCAUCCAGACAAUCGCUCGCUUUUCAUGCAUCAAGAGCAACGCCUGCUCGGCUUGGUGAUGUCCAACAUACUCGACCAGCAGGUAGCUUUGAUUAUAUCGCGUGUUUUGUUCCAAGUUUCGCGUGGCACCGGAGUAGGUGGGGCGUCUUCGAUGGCAUCGUUGGAAUAUCGUUUUCAGCAACGACAGGCAGAGGACAAAAACGUUGCUGCCGAGAGGCAUUUUAGUACUGGUGCUAUCAGUGGUGUGGACGUGAAAGCUGAAGUUAAAGUGGAAACUGUGUGUUCAGUAUCAGCAACCGCCGCCACAGCUACGGCCAUACCAUCAAUGGCUACGUCAGUAGCGGCAGGACACAUAACACGCACGCUCGCGAGUGAUAUUAAAAGAGAAGAGCUGCCAGAGCACGCAACCGAUGACACCAGCGGCAUUAACGCGAACUGCAACAGCAGCGCCAACAACCACAACAUCAUUGAAAAUAGUAGCGAUCCUGCGCCAAUACACAAGCUGCCCUUGUCUGCAGCCGCAGCGGCAGUGAUGAACAAAUCCCAAAACGCCUGCGCCACCGUCGAUGACAACAGCAACAGCAGCAAUGCACUGGCGCCUGCCGCUGCUUUACUCAACGACGUCAGCAAUAGCAGCACGAACAGCAACAGUUGCGGCACAGUGAGCAGCAACAGUAAUAGUAAUAGUAUCAGCAGCGGCAACAACAACACCAGCAGCAAUAUGCACAUUAAGAAUGCGAUAGAAAACGCCAAUGUGAAUGCGCUGAACGCGGUGGCACCUACGCUGACCAAUAGCGAGGCAAGUCACAUGCAAGCAACGCUGCUGAGUAGCAACGGCAGUGGUAAAAAUGUGAUAAGCGCAACAAUGCCUACUAUUAACGCUGUGCCACUUACCAAUGCCAGCAACAACAACGGUAAUGGCGCCGACAACAGAAACAGCGCGCCGCCAUCGACAGUGAUGCCAGGCGCGACGACACAAUCGUCGCCACCACCACCACCUACCGCAGCAGUAGCUGCGCAAACCACGGCCGCAGCACCCCCAGCCACCACAACAGCAGCAGUUGCGUAG